AUGGCGGACGAUGAACACCGAGUUAAGCGGUCUCGCUUUGACCAAACUGAGCCUGAGCCCCGGCGAUCCCGUUUUGACCGACGCUCUCGAUCUCCGUCCAACAGACAGUCGGAGUCGGCCCGCACUCGUAGCCCGCUGAGUCGCCCGCUGAGUGGCAGCCCUGACGCAGAGGCUCCAGCGAAGCCAUCUGCAGUGGAUCCGGCCGCUGCCGCAGCGGCAGCAGCAGCCAAGAUUAAUGCGCAGCUUCAGGCGAAGAAGGGCAUUCAGCAUGUUGAUGUCCCUCCAAUCCGUUCCGCUGACAACGCGACAGAGAAUUCCCAGUCGCCCGCCGCCGAGGGCGCAGCGAAGUUGAAUGCCGAAAUCUACGUCGCGGAUGGAGACUACAUCAAGGACAUUGAGAUCAAUGAUCUGCGCAAUCGCUAUACCCUGACGAAGGGUUCUACUCAGAAGAUGAUUCAAGAUGAAACCGGCGCCGAUGUGACAACCCGAGGCAACUAUUACCCCGACAAGAACAUGGCGACCGCUGCAAGCCCUCCCCUUUACCUACAUGUGACCAGCACCAACAAGGAUGGCCUGGAGAAAGCAGUCGCUAUGAUUAAUGACCUGAUGCAAAAAGAACUUCCGAACCUGGUUGACGAGCGACGUUUCCGCCGCCGUGAACCCGAGCAGCAGGUUGAGCGGGAUGAGUAUGGCCGUCGCAAAUGGCCGGAUGAGCGUAUCCCCAUCGAUCUUGAGCCAAUCCCCGGUUUCAAUUUGCGCGCUCAGGUCGUCGGACAGGGCGGUGCUUAUGUGAAGCACAUCCAACAGCAGACUCGUUGCCGUGUUCAGAUAAAGGGCCGUGGCUCUGGCUUCAUCGAAUCGAGCACCGGUCGUGAAAGUGACGAGGCGAUGUUCCUCCAUGUGGCUGGUCCUGAUGCCAACGAUGUCCAGCAAGCAAAGGAGCUUUGUGAGGACCUUCUAACCAAUGUCAAGGAACAAUACCAACGUUUCAAGGAGAACCCACCCCAGCACAACUACGGUGGAUACCGUGGUGGUGAUCGCGGUGAUCGUGGUGAUCGCUACCAAGGUGGAGGUGGAGGUGGAGGUGGUGGCGGCGGUGGAUACAGCGGUGGCUACAACAAUCGCCAGCAGCAUAAUACUUCCUCUGCUAGCCCUGCAGGCCAGGCUGCUGCUGCUGCUUCCCCGAGCGCUGCUGCCACUCCCACUGCCGCUGACUACAGUGCCCAGUACGCCCAGUACUACGGCACUGCCGAUCCCUAUGCUGCUUACGGUGGAUACCAGAACUACGUCGCUUACUACCAGUAUUAUCAGCAAAUGGCCGCCGCCCAGCAGCAGGCAGAUGGCACUGCUCCGCCCUCUGCUCCAGCCAGCGAGGCCCCUCCUCCACCUCCUGGCUCGGGAUCCCCGCCGCCUCCACCCCCUGGUGCAGGUGGCAGCUACAGCGCGGUCCCCCCACCCCCUGGCCUUUAA